GUGACGCAUGUGCUUCCGUCCACAUCCCCUUGUGCCUCUCCUCCUCACGCAGUAGCCAUCCAGCGCACCUCCUGCCUCCCCAGCCUGCCCCUCUCCUCUCCGCCCCUCCUCUCCCCUCCUCCCCGGGCGUGUGCGCCUGGACCACGGCUCCAUCCAGCGGAGCUCCCGGUGAAGAAGCGCAGCGGGCCGACGAUGAAAAGCGAAGCGAUGGAGCUACGACAGGAGUGAGAGCCACACACACACACAGGGAAGCGGGCACAGGCUCCAGGCUCAACUGAGGAGGAACAGAGAGAAAAGAGAGCGUGAGGACCAAAGAAGAAACGUACGGUUGUGGUUUCUGGCCCCAUGUCUGCCCCUGCUCCAGCCAAUCGGAGGUCUGGGUCUGGCUCACGCCGAUUCAACCCUCUGAAGGUUCUGCAGCCCAAACGCCGCUUGCAGCAAAUACUGGCGUCCUCGUCCUCGCCCUCGCCGGUGCCCAAGCCGGCGACGGGGUCGGGGACGACUGCCCCAGCGGCUACUGCACCAGCGGCUACGGCACCAGCGGCUACGGCACCAGCGGCUACGGCACCAGUGGCCGUUCCUGUGCCCACGCCUCCUUCGUUUGACUACUGCAGGUUCAUAGAGCUAGACUACGUUCCCAUGGAGACAGGCUAUAUGGUCUCAAUGCGUCCGACUAAAGGCUAUCCAUCGACCAAGUCUCCAAGUAAAGGAUACACCUCCACCAAGUCUCCGGACCGCCACAACCGUUCCACAAACUCUCCCUCCACCCCUCGUUCUCGGCGGACUCCGGCCACACCCAGUAAUAGAGAUCCCUAUGGCAACGCCUCCUUCAGCAGCAGCAGCACCUCAGGCUCUUGUAAAGGCAGCGACUGCAGCCCCACCAAAGGACGUCACCAGAAGUACACUUCAUGUACAGACAACCAUGGUAUUCGGCCACCUCCACCAGAGCAGUACCUCACACCCCUACAGCAGAAGGAGGUGUGUAUCCGACACCUGCGGUCCAGGCUAAAGGAAACCAUGACCACACUGCAAGACAGGGACACAGAGAUAGAUUCGCUGAGAGGCAAGCUUUACAGGAUGCAGGAAGACUGGGUUGAGGAGGAGUGUCACCGUGUAGAGGCUCAGCUGGCCCUGAAGGAGGCGCGUCAGGAGAUCCAGCAGCUCAAACAGGCUGUGGACACUGUCCGGUUGAGGCUCAGUGAUGCAGGAGGACCCAGUGGGGACAUAGGGGUCCAGAAGUACUUCCAGGACAUUAACACUCAGAACCACAAGCUCGAGAACCUUUUGCUCAAUAUGGAGUUAGCCCAGGCUGGAUUAGCCAAAGAGGGGGAGGUCUUACCAGGCUAUCGAACCCGUGUUGGGGGUUCGGCGCCAGCAUCAGUGUCUGGGGAGAGUCCAGGGGGAAUACCCAAACCUGCAAUAGGAGGCAGGGGGUCUUGCUCCUGCGAUGGUUCCCCAGCACGUUCUCUGACCCGGAGCUCCACCUACACUAAGUUCACUGAUCAGGCAGACCAGAACGGCAAUGGACAGGACUUCCCUUGUCUGUCAGGUGACGGCACCCAGGACAGUGGCUUUGUGUGCUGUGGGGAGAGCAGCAUUCCCAGCCGGGCCGAUUUGCUGCUGGAGGCUGCCUUUCUCUCUGAGGAAACAGCAGCACUACUCAACUCCUACGCACAAACCUUCUCCCAGUCUCUGCCCAACUAUCUGCCCAACUCUCUGCCCCACUCUCUGCCCAGCUCUCUGCCCAGCUCUCUGCCUCACACCUACUCCCAUACCUUACCUCAUUCUUUCCCUCGCAAUUUAUCCCACUCUGUUCCCCACACUAUGCCACACUCCUCCACCUACGAGAAGCUGUGCACAAGUGAACGGAUUAUGCCCUUUCGUUGUGGCCUGGAUGGAGUGGGCUGUAUGAGCCACCCCUGCCUGUCCCACCACCACCUGUACCUGCAUCCCCUUCGAGAAAUGGGCAUUCAGACUGAAAGUUGCCCCAUCCCUGCUACAGCAGGUUACCCCUCUGAUCUAGAUACCAUUGCAGAGCAACGCACUUUUCGCUCUCAGGCCUGCAGCCCUACCUCCACCUGGAUGUCUGAUGAGGGGGAGGAGGACCUGGACUCCAUCACCACCACAACGUCAGUGACCACAGCGACUAUAAUGAGUACGGCAACAGAGCCAAUCCCGGCCUCCAAAACACCAUUGGUCCCUCCUUUACCACGGUCUGCUACUGUGGCAUUCACACUGGAGAGACCUUUAUGUGGGGGGAAGGAGGGAGUGGAGGAAGAGGAAAAGCAGGAGAUGGAAAAGAGAGAGAAUGCAACAGAUGCAAAUGCUGAUGCAACAGAGAUGCAUAAUGACACAACAGUGAUCAAGCUGGAGGAUGAUGUGAAGCAGAGGCAGGGCGCAGUAGGAGGAACUGAGGUGGAAAGGCAAGGUGCAGUGGAGGAGGCUGAAUCAGAAAAACUGUGUGACUUAUCAGAAACAUCAUCAGGGAUGCAUGAUGAGCUUAAAUUUGCAGGAUGUUGUGGAGAGAGCAGGCAGAAUGGAACAACAAAGAAAAACCUCACUGCGGAAGAAGUUGGUCUAUCAGCAGGAUCAACUCAAGUCAAGACAGGACAGUUGAGUCCAAGUCAGUCAGAAUUAUCACCAGGCGUAGAGCUGCCACAUACCUCCCAGCCGAGGAGAUCUGCUUCCCAUGAGGAGAUAGCUGGCAUCACUGUCGUGGAGGUUAACGAUGAGGACGAAGACGAAGAUAAAACUAAAGAACAAGUCACAGCAGAGGGCGCCGCAGCAGAGGAGGAACAUUCGUCUGACUCCGAGACAAUUCAGAAAAGCUACUGGAGUCGUCACUUCCUAGUUGAUCUGUUAGCAGUGGCCAUCCCAGUGGUGCCAACAGUGGCAUGGCUGUGCCGCGGUCCAGUCCGUGACGGACAGCCCAUGUAUCAUAUAGGGUCACUGCUGCGAGGCUGUUGCACUGUGGCACUGCACUCGCUGCGCAGGGGAGGUGGAUUGAGGCAUUACCCCGCAGGCGGGGGAGAUUUGGGUGGAUCCCAGAUAUGAGAGGAGAAUAACUUCAGCACUUCUAUGGUCAUUAAAUGUAGCCUCUCUUGUAUGGGUCUGGGUCCUUAGCUUGAUGCAAAAUACGUUUGAGGAGAAGAAGAGAAAGUCCUACAUUUAUUAACAAGGGUUAAAGCUGAGGGACGCACCAGGAACAGGAAACAUGCAUUCAUGACUUAGACCUCUGACCUGUAAUCUGUUGUGUGUGGUCCUGCUCCUUAUUGUCUCCGCCCACUUGUUCCUGCUGUUGCUAACAAUAUGUCUGCUAACACUACUGACUUGUGCAAAACUGAAUGAGCUGACUUAAAUGAAUGAUUAGUGCUUGGAUGUUUGCUCUGAUUGUUUUGUUUUUAUGUGCAGGGAAAAUGUUAAAGAUCCACUGAUCUGCCAACCUAUUAAUCUGACUCACAUUUGGCAUGUUAAAAUGAUCAUGUGUAGAUGAGUGAGAACAUGAAAUGUGGUAUGUGUGUGUACAUGAUGUAUGUAUGUGCACACGUGUAAACCAAAUAGUCUUCUUGUCUGCAGUAGACGAGCUGUGAGGAAGAGGUGAUGGAAAAUCCACCCUAAUUCAGAAUCCACAUAUUUCCAAAAUGUUUUGGGUUCUCUUUUGAGUCUUAACGUCAUCAACUGACCAAGAACAAUAAUGCAGACACAGAGCUCAAGUUGAUUCUAAAAAGGUAGAAACACAUUGAACACAGUAAGGCUGCCAAGUACCACAAAUGCAGUUUACUGCUGAUUCCACCAUUGUUCCCAUUCCAACUCUGAGUAUUGGGCUGUUUUUUUCGUUAUGGUGGUUUUGAUAGGCCAUUGUACUGGUGGUCAGUCAUUUGGUUUCAUUUAAACGAGUUUCUCACUCAGGGCUAAAGCCUGAGUAGUGAUGAACUACCCUUGAUAAACUGUAGGGAGUUCAUAGGAAGCUGUAGCCAGCAGGCAUUAGCUUAGCUUAGCAUGCAGACUGAAAGUAUGAAGGCAUGGCUAACCUCAGCAGAGGAACCUGAACCUCACAAGUUCAUUUUAUAGGACGUUAAGUGCUGAAACUCUUUCUUGUUAGUAAAAUUUAGAGUUGCUAGGAUUUUGGACACAUUUCCAAACUAUAGUUCUGUACUUAAUGUUGUGACUGAGUACAUAGCCAAGACCGAGUUGGAGCUUUGACAAAAAACUGAAACUGAUUGUCAGUGCAGAUCAGGAUAAAUAAUGAAUUGAAUAAGCCAUAGAAAUCAGUUGUUUGAUCUUAUUGGCCAAAUGAUGAUUUGAUAGAAAGACAGAAAGCAGACAAUCACUUCCUUUUGCUUUUAUAUUCCACAUUCCCAAGGGACACAUUAAUAUUCUUUCUUUCAAUAGGAUUUUGCAAUAUAAUCGAAACUUACUGAAUAGGAGCUGGUGGCUCCACCCUGCUCACUGUGUUCUGUGUGGCUCUGCACUGACGGUAUAUUAUCACAUCUCUAGAAAACAAAAGCUCACGAUGCAUUUUCCUGCGAUGUUCUCCAUGCACAGCAUCCCUCUGAGUUUUGACUGUCCAACCACAGCCAACAUAUAUCAAACUCCCCAAUGCAUAGUGAGCCAUUAAAGAGUAGUUUGACAUUUUGGGAAAAUGUGCGUAUUUUGGCUUUCUUGCGCGAAGUGAUUGAUAUCACAUCCCCAAGCUAGCAGCUGGUGACGAGCUUGGCUUAGUUUAUCUUAGCUUAGUUUAUCUUAGCUUAGUUUAUCUUAGCUUAGUUUAGCAUAACGGCAGGUAGCAGAGAGAAUCAGCUAACCUGGCUCGGCUGUACAGCUCACUAAAGCUGAUUUCAGACAUUUUCAGACACACAUUAGUCUUUCACUUAUGAACAAAGAAGUAGGAGAUUCUCUGGUCAGACGUGUUCAUAACAACACAAAAUCUCCCUGGAGUGUUAGGCUGAGGGGUGGUGGAGCAGGCAGAGGCAGGACGUAACAUAUUAAUUCCACAGCAGAGAUCACAGGUUUUCGUUUACAGCACAUCAACACCGACGUGGCCCUCAUAACCAAAAGCUCUCAAAUCUUGUUGACUUUUCAAGUUGGCAUCUUCUACGUAUUGCACCUCUUUUUCAUCCUGAGAUUUUUGUGUCUUCUCGUUUGCUGUGAAUCCUCUGGAUAAUCUCCUGCUUAUCGCAUGGGCUCACUUUGAAGAGUUUUUCCUAGGCGGCUGGUAGGAGAAACUCCUGUGAAUGUCAGCAGCAACUGACUCAGACAUUUCUCACAUACUGGGGAAUGUCAGAAGAUUAUCUGGGAUGUCUGAAAUCAGCUAAAUUAAUACAAUUUAUUCUAUUAAUCCAUACAAAACCAUGUAAAUGUAAAAAAUUAUAAAUUAUGGUUUUACACUGUGUAGUGUGCUGGAACAAUUUAGCAACACCGCUCUUUGUUUUGUUUUUUUGUGUUCAUUUUAAAAGCCUUUCUAAAUUACAGGAUGAAUAUUUAGGUUUAUACUGUUCUACAAUAAUCUCAAUGUCGAGGGUAUUAGAACAGAUGAGAGAGCUCUCAGGGUUUCCAAUUGUCAAUAGGGAAAUAUUUGUUGUUUCCAACAAAAGCAGAUAAAAUACAAUAAAAUAUUUCUCCAUACACAUACAUCUUUCAUUGGAUCAACUAACAAAGAUAACCAAAACACUAACUCAAAUGUUGUCAAUCUAUUACUUAAAGGUUCAGUGUGUAAAUCUAGUGACAUCUAGUGGUGAAGUUGCAAGUUGCAGCUGAAUACCCCUCACCUCACCCUUCCCUUCCAAACAUGAGAACCUGAGGUCGUCUUCAGUUGUCAU